GUGAUGGCGAUGAUGGCGGCCGGGACGGGCAAGUCCUGCCGGCGGCGCGCAGGAAAUAAGCAUUCAGCUGCUCAGAAAAAUGAAGAUGCUGCUCAGAGGAAAGCAGAUCUGGAGGCUGCACUGAGAAACAAGAUUGAAUGUGAGAAAAAAGCAUUGUCUAUUGUUGAGCAGCUCCUGGAAGAGGACAUUACUGAACAGUUCCUUCUAAAUUGUGGAAAAUGUAUUACUCCAUCUCACUAUAAGGACGUUGUUGAUGAACGGUCUAUCAUCAAACUGUGUGGUUAUCCUCUAUGUCAGAAUAAGCUGGAAAAUGUGCCGAAGCAGAAGUAUAGAAUUUCAACAAAAACAAACAGAGUUUAUGAUAUCACUGAAAGAAAGUGCUUUUGCAGCAACUUUUGCUAUAGAGCAUCUAAAUAUUUUGAAGCUCAAAUUUCCAAAAGUCCAGUGUGGAUGAGAGAAGAAGAAAAACCUCCAGACAUAGAGCUGCUGAAGGAGGGACGGAGUGGACGGUCUGGAGAAGAGGUGAAACUACGUGAUGAAGUAAUUACAGCAUCUGACAUUGAAAACCCUAGGAUGUCUUCAGAUCCAUGUGAAUCUGGUUCUCACGACACAGCCAGUGACAGCAGUACUGACACUGAACAAGAAUUUAUUUCUUCUGUCCUACCAGGAAGUCAGUCGAGUUCAGCCAAUUUUGCACAGCAACUGCACAGAAAAAGCAUCCUCAAAAAGAAGCAUGCUCAGAAAGUCCAGGCCAGCCCUAAAACUGAAGAUGCAGAUGUGGUAGAAGCCACUGAACAACUCUCUCGUUGUAAAUUAGACACUCAGGAAGAAAGACACACUUGCUCUGUUCAUAAUGAAGUAACUGCACCACCUUCAGACAAUACUGCUCCUGGGAAAUCAAGUGCUUCAGAAAUCUUUGAAAAUACAUGUGGAUCACAGAUAGUUUUUCUAGGUGUGAGCAAAAGAGGAGCAGAACAUCUUAAAAGAUUAUCUGCAGUUUUGGGCCCUCUUCACAUUGCUUCAGGUGAUGUCUACACAGAGCUAAAAAAUCUUGUCAAAACUUUCCGGUUAACAAACAGAAAUAUUAUACACAGAAUGCCUGAAUGGACUCUCAUUGCUAUUGUUUUGUUAUCUGUAUUGUCACAAACAUCUCCACUUUUCAAGACUACUCAGACAAGCCCAAUGUACACACAGUUCCUGACCACAUUACUGAAAGAACUGCAUUUCAAAAAUGAAGAUCUGGAAAGUUUAACAAGAAUAUUUAGAAUGGACUGACAAGUUGAAUGGUCAGUCAACUUCAAGCUACUUUGUGUGUCUUAAAACCAAGCUGGUUAACCACAGGUUUAAUUUUCAGCAUUUUGUAAGUAUGUACAGUAACUACAGAUUGUAUCAGCUGGAGCAGAAAAUGUGUGAAGCACAUUUUAAAGUAAAGAAAUAUGUAUGGUAUGGAAAUGAGUGUCAUCAUUUUGUCACUUACAGUAAAUGCCAGCUGCUUACUUGUCACACUUAUCUUUUGAUAAUGUAUGAUUGGUUUACUGGAAUUUUGAGGAAUUUUUACUAACAGUUUAUUAAAAAAAUAAAAUUCUGUGUGGCUGCAA